CCUCGCUCGCCCCGCCCCCUCGCUCGCCCCUCCCCCUUCGUCUCUCUCUCUCGACGCGGCCAUCUCGUCUCGCAGGCGCCAUGAAGCUCGAACUGUGCAGUUUCAGUGGCUACAAGAUCUACCCAGGUCAUGGGGUCAGAUUCGCCCGCGUGGACGGCAAGGUUUUCCAGUUCCUCAAUGCCAAGUGCGAGUCUGCGUUCCUCUCCAAGCGCAAUCCGCGGCAAAUCAACUGGACGGUCCUCUACCGACGCAAGCACAAGAAGGGCCAGCAGGAGGAGGUGUCUAAGAAGAGGUCUCGCCGUGCCGUGAAGGCUCAGCGCGCCAUCACAGGCGCCACGCUCUCCGACAUCCUCGCCAAGCGCAACCAGAAGCCCGAGAUCCGCAAGGCUCAGCGCGAGCAAGCCAUCCGAGCUGCGAAGGAGGCUAAGAAGGUGAAGACUGGAACCAAGAAGUCGGCCACAGCUCCUGCCAAGGCUGCAGUUAAGGCUGCCCCCAAGCAGAAAAUCGCCAAGACGAUGAAGUCGGCAGCUCCCAGAGUUGGGGGGAAACGCUGAAGUGGGGGGGGGAGGACAUCCCUCAAAAACACCCCUCCACAGAGUGAACAUCAUGGAGUUACCAUCACCGGGGGGUUGAUUUGUUUUGUUGAAAAUAAACAAGUUUGAGUUCUUGA